CGCCUUGUACAGUUUAAACCUUCUUUUAUCCUUUCUGAUAGUUGUGAGACCUUUCCAUUGAAACCUUUUAUUAUAAUUUAAAGAAAGUAUUAUUUCUCAAAAUUAUACAUAAUUUAUUUUAUGAACAAUUAUAGAAUGGAAUAUUCAUUCACAGUUCUAUUCAUAUUCCAAUCAGGAUCAAACGGAAAUGUACGAUGAUAGCGCCAUCUACACGUGAAAUCUUGUUGAAAUUAAGCGCCACCUAGCUGUCGCCAUGCUGAAAUAGUCUCCCAAAUGUAUGCAAUACGCAGAACACGAUACAAGAAGCAGUACAGAAAUGAGCACACAGUUUUUAGGUUUAUCGAUGUAAAAUAGUUAAUACGAAAUAAAGUAAAUUUAAUGGCAGAUUUAAAUAAUAUUAUUCAAAACGAUCCAAUUUCAGCAUAAACCCUCUUUGUGACGGUGAGAAUUGAUAGGAGUGUUUGCAAAACUUCAGGAUCACUGACUAAUUUGGGACGCACAAAGGGUCAACAGUGUCCCAACACAUCAUGUUUGUGUUUCACUAAUUUAUGAGAGUGAAUAAAUUUUACUGCUCUCACCUUUCUCUCUCCCUCUCUCUUUCUCUCUCAUUCUAUCGAUCCCCAAUUCGCUCUCUCGCGUACGCGUAUCGCGAUUCGAACUUGCGACCUUCACGACGGCUGGUAAGGCACAACGGUUCCCACUAUCGUAGGUGGGAUCUGCGUGCAAUCGAAAGCGACGAACCCCGUGGCACCGCGCGAGGUGCUUUCCCUCUCCAUGGUGCGUCUCCCGAAAAAAAAAAAAACAAAAAGAAAAAACCGGCCGCGAAAAGAAAUGGUGGAGAAAAGUCGCAGGCGCAGAGCGCGCGAUCGCUCAUGCCAGAUGCCAGUCCGUACGCUGGUCGCGUGUGCCACCACAAACCCGAUCGAAACGUGACGCGCACCGGACGUCUUUUGAACGAGCGCGCGCGCGCCCAUGUACGUGUUGUGUUCGAAGUGUGUUGAUCGUCGCUGCUGAUCGUCAUCAGUGUGUUGAUCAUCGAUCGGCGUGCUGUUGGUGGAUUAGUUUUUUUGUUGCUGUUGUUGCUGAAAGUGAGUUUUAUUUCGAGCCAGCCAGCACAACGUGCCAAACCGAAUGGAGCCAAACAGACAAGUGUCGAAAUCGAGCGCUAGAAUCGAUGUUUGAUUGAGCAGUGAUCCCAGAGUGCUGCAGCCAGAAGUAUCCGGGGCCCAUCGUACCGGGGCCAACUUUUGCACUGCAACUCCCGUGGUGUGUGUGCGUGUGUGUUUGUGGUGAGCUGUGCAAGAGAUCGCACCGUUGGAUCGGUGAAAACGAAAGUCAUCCUACCUGUUCCACCGUUCCCACAGCUCCUUCCCGGACCGGAUCCGAAACCGGAAGUGUACAUAUGGAUAUAUUUAAUUUGUUUGUGGUGCUACAUUUCUACACCGUCCCGGGGAAGAGAUUAUUCGGUGUGUUGUAGGCAUUGUUUGCCAAAUGUACAACGCAACGGAAAAUAAAGAAAAACAACGACGCUAGUUAGGAAGUAAUAAGGCUCGACAGAGGGGCCCACGUAAUAAAGCAACCGUCGUCACCGCCAUCUUGCGCACGGUCCUUUUUUUCGCGAGUGCAUCCGGUAAUCGUUGCAUAUAUACAUAAAGUUUGUUUUUUUUUUUUGUUGUGUUUAUCUGUGCUUUUCUGUCUCGAGUUUCGUCCGGCCGUCCACGCUGUGUAAUAAAUUUUCAAUUGCGUAAAGUGAAGUAAAACGGUCCGCGUCAGUGUCGCCAUGUGCGUGUAUGGCGUGGCCAAGCAGAAGUAACCACCGAGCACGGCCUUACGUAAGAGUGCCGGGCCCCACAGUUUGGCCAACGGUUCGUUAAGUAGCAAAAGGAAACAAAAAUCUGCCACGCACAUCCGCGUCUGGCUGUGUGGGUACUUGCGGUUUUGUUGGGCACUGUGCACAUUUCCGGCAUGCGCCUUCAGUGAGUCAAAACAGGGAGAUUGGUACGGAGUGGAGAAGAGUAAAAAAACGUAAAAGAAUAUACAAAGGAAUAUAUAUACAUAAAGGUCCAUCGAGGUACCGCCACAAACGUCCACAUCCGCAUUCAGUCACACAGGCUCCUGGCGUUGCGGACCGGCCAUCAUCAACAUGGGAUCAACCGUUCGGAUCAAUGCGCCACUCGUGGUUACAACAGUGUUGCUGGUGACAGCAUUGCUCCUGUCCCAUACCCUGGUGAGGGGCGAUUCUUCGACCGGAGGAAGCAGACGAUCACCGGCACUGAUCGAUUCCGGCAUACGAGCUGGGUCACGAAUGCCGGUAGUUCCUUUAGGUGGCACGAAGGUUACCAAACUGCGGCCGGUUGGCAAACAGCCACCCGUCGAGGAGGAGGAGGACGAUGACGACGACGACGAUGAUGAUGAUGACGAUUACUUUGACUUUGGACUGGGAGACGAUGACGACGAUGAUGAUGAUGAUGAGGAGGAGGAAGACGAGGAGGAGGACGACGAUGAGGAGGAGGAGGAGCCCGUCAAACCAGUGGCUCCGGCACCCGCAGUAGUAGAAACGAGCACAACACGAGCGAGAUUGCUGUCCGAUGCAGCCUUCAACAAGCUGUCCGAGACGCUCGGUGCCUUGAACACGGUGGGACGGUACAUCGUCAACAUUACGAAGGGCCAGGAAGCGAGUGCCAUCACGCAGGUUGACCCUGGCACGAAGGAAACCGUCCCGGAAGCGCUACUAACCCUCACGAAAACGAUGCUUGGACAAAAUAUUACCAAAUCGUUCGAACCGCUGAUCAAGCGUGUGGGUAAUGGUGCAGGUGGUGGUGCGGGAGACUCGGAAACCGUCAGCUCGGUCACGUCCGGUCCGUUGGUGGUCGUGCCAUCUAGCAGCACCUUGGAACCGCCAGUCACAUCCACUACCGUAGUCGCAGUGGCAGCCCAGCGGAAGGAAGACAACGAGCUAACACUCGCCGGGGCGACGGCGGUGGACAACAAGAUCGCACCGGCCAGCGGUGCUGCGACCGAGCAAAAGAAGAAGAAGAAAAAGAAGAAGAAGAACAAGGUGAAGCGCAAGGACCCGGCACACCAGGAGCAGCGACUGACGACGACGACGACAAGCACGACGACGCGCCGACCAGAACCAGCGCCAAGCAAUAAAAUCAUCGAGUCAACGAAGGAUAUCGAGAAUCGGUGCCGCACGCCUGAUGGACGCCCGGGAAGAUGUGAGGAUCUGAGUACGUGUCCAGGGUUGCUGUUGGAUUUGAGUCAUCUGCGGGAAUCGCUCUGCUUCAAGAGUCUUUUCGUGCCGGGAGUCUGUUGUCCGAUCAGUACUACCAGCACGGUGCUCACAACACCGAGACCACCCCGACCUCAGCAAUCGGGAUCGGGAGGUUCAUCCAGCUUAGUGCUUAGUCCAGUUGUCAAACCAUCCACAACGACGAGCACCACAACAACGACCACUAAACGGCCCCUUGUCCCGGUGUACACCGUAUCUCCGGAUGAUAGUGGAGCGUUACUAUCGGCCACCCUGAAGCCGAUCGACAACAUCGUCGAUCCGGAAGACUGUGGACAGCAGGAGUACUCGUCCGGUAGGAUCGUGGGUGGUAUUGAGGCACCAACCGGGCAGUGGCCCUGGAUGGCAGCCAUCUUCCUGCACGGUACCAAGCGUACCGAGUUCUGGUGCGGUGGAUCACUGAUCGGUACGAAGUACAUCUUGACGGCGGCCCAUUGUACGCGCGAUUCUCGUCAGAGGCCGUUCGCAGCGCGCCAGUUCACCGUUCGGCUGGGCGAUAUCGAUCUGUCCACGGAUGGGGAACCUUCGGCACCGGUGACGUACAAGGUGACGGAGGUACGUGCUCAUCCACGGUUUUCGCGCGUCGGCUUCUACAACGACAUUGCGCUGCUCGUGCUGGACAAACCGGUUCGUAAGUCGAAGUACGUCAUACCGGUGUGUCUACCGGGGGCAAAUCUACCGUCCAAGGAGCGGCUGGCAGGCCGGCGAGCGACGGUCGUUGGCUGGGGUACGACGUACUACGGUGGCAAGGAAUCGACGAAGCAGCAGCAAGCGACUCUGCCCGUCUGGCGGAACGAAGACUGCAAUCGUGCGUACUUCCAGCCCAUCACGGACAACUUCGUCUGUGCCGGUUUCUCGGAGGGUGGUGUCGAUGCGUGCCAGGGUGAUUCGGGUGGACCGCUGAUGAUGUUGGUCGAGGCCCGCUGGACCCAGGUCGGUGUGGUGUCGUUCGGCAACAAGUGUGGAGAACCGGGCUAUCCCGGGGUGUACACGCGCAUCAGCGAGUACAUGGACUGGAUCAGGGAAAACACGAAGAAGUAGACGCGCCAUAACGAUUCGCCCCAGUACGGGCAGUUAGUGUGAUAGAAAGUAAGGUCGGAGUUCGGAUUCUGACAGCUUAGUCGCGUUAUUUAAAGAGCUCCCGAAGGGUGUUUUCGGUUUUUUGUAUAUAAUUUAUUUCUGUUUUUUUAAUCCACUCCGCGCAUUUUUUUCUCUCUCUUUCUCUCUUUCCACGUCUUGAUUUUUGUUUUCGCUAUCCACCCGACACAUCCACCCUAAUCGGUAAUCAAUUAGUGUUAGACCCCCUUUUUUUCGUUUUGUUUUUGUUUAUCCUAAUUUAUAAACUAACUUAUAUCGAGACUAUGCAUCCGCUAGCGAGAGAGCGCCGUGUUUGUUUUUUGCUGCAUGCGUGUCUAAUUGAUGGAACUUCCCGCUGAUGGCAGAGACCCAGGCAGCGCGAGUAAAUAAUCGUUAGCGAUCGAUAGUGUAAUUGAUAACAAACUAUAAAAUUCUGUAGCUGCAGUAACAGGGAAAACCCAGAGAGAUAGCAGCAGAAUAGCAGAAACCUGAAGUCGAUAAGCGAACAGGCAGGAACUAACAAGAGAGAACAACAGAUGUGUAUAAAAGUGAGCAACCAAGCAUCGUAGCAGCCCACGUGCAAACUCCGGGUUGCUGUGGAGCGAAAUAAUGAAAUAUUUCAACGGUGAAAUUCAAA